AUGGCAUAUUGGCCUACUCUGAGGUUGCUAUCCCAGAGCGUGGAGUUCAGCUCACCUGCAGACAACUACACAGUGUGUGAAGGUGACAACGCCACCCUCAGCUGCUUCAUUGAUGAGCAUGUGACCCGAGUGGCCUGGCUGAACCGCUCCAACAUCCUGUAUGCAGGAAACGACCGCUGGACCAGUGACCCUCGGGUGCGGCUGCUCAUCAACACACCUGAGGAGUUCUCCAUCCUUAUCACCCAAGUGGGGCUCGGGGAUGAGGGCCUCUACACCUGCUCCUUCCAGACCCGCCACCAGCCCUACACCACUCAGGUCUACCUCAUCGUCCAUGUCCCUGCCCGCAUCGUGAACAUCUCCUCACCUGUGGCAGUGAAUGAAGGGGGCAAUGUGAACCUUCUCUGCCUGGCUGUGGGAAGGCCAGAGCCCACCGUCACCUGGAGACAGCUCCGAGACGGCUUCACCUCAGAGGGCGAGAUUCUGGAAAUCUCCGACAUCCAGCGGGGCCAGGCCGGGGAAUACGAAUGCAUUACUCACAACGGGGUGAACUCGGCGCCCGACAGCCGCCGUGUGCUGGUCACAGUGAAUUAUCCCCCGACCAUCACCGACGUGACCAGCGCGCGCACCGCCCUGGGCCGGGCCGCCCUCCUGCGCUGCGAAGCCAUGGCGGUGCCGCCUGCAGAUUUCCAGUGGUACAAGGAUGACCGGCUGCUAAGCAGCGGCUCAGCGGAGGGUCUCAAAGUGCAGACCGAGCGCACUCGCUCCAUGCUUGUGUUCUGAGGCUGGAGGCAGAGGAAGUACCUAGGAGAGACCCACAGGGCCUCCCUAUUUCAGCCUCCCUCUGUGACCAUUUCUCUUUCACCAGGCCCAGGAUCCCUGGAGAACUCAGCUCCAAGGCCCCCAGGGCCUCUGACCCUCCUCUCGGCCCUGGGCUGGCUGUGGUGGAGAAUGUAG